AUGCAUAUUCUUCUUUCAGAGACUCUGAAUAAGGUGAAAAUCUUGUUAGACGAAGUGAAUGAGGUAAAACAACUCGUAGGUGAGUAACUGCCUGCAAACACGCAUCGGGAUACCAAAUUAGGCCAAAUACCAGCCUAUCAAACCUUUGUUGCUCUCUAGCUUCUAUUUUUCUUGUACAGUCAAACCACCUCUCACGGACACCCGCUUAUUACAGACACCUCAUUAUUACGGACAGUUUGCUUUGUUGUCGGAGAAAGAAAGCCCUUACAUUUCUCUAAAUUCAACCGCUUAAUAAGGACAGCCCAUUAUUACGGACUCUUCUAAGGCUACCGCAGUGUCCGUAUUAACGGUGUUUGACUGUACUUCUACCCGAAAUCAUUUGGAGUCACGUGUUUUAAGCGGUACGGCCUGGCUUGGGCCUGAGAACGUAACGCCUUACAGGGAUCUCAUAUCUGACUAGAAUAUGGUCAUAUGGUACAAAAGACACCUUGCUGGAUGGCAAGCAAUUGCAACGCAUUGGGUCCUUGAAAAGAAAGGAUAUUAGCUUCUUUUCAGUCUUGCCCUCGUUUGCCAUCUACCCGGGCAUCUAGCACGAUGUUUUUUGCACCGUGUGAUCGUAUUCAGCAAAGGACCCUUCAUAUUAAAGAAAAAAAUGCAUUAUCUCGUAAGAAACAGAUUCUUUUAAAACGUACCAACUGCUAUUCCUGUGUUGAACAUAAAUUGUGGAAUUGUCCAUUUUGCGAAAUCAAGCUUUUAAGGUAGCUAGACAUUCGAAUUCAUCUCAUCAAAUUUUCAACGCGAAUUGCCGAGUAACUAUAUUUCAAAGCACGGUGAAUUUUGAAUAAGCUUUGAGUUCAAGUUCCAGUUCAUUUAUUCACACUUAAUCAGUUACAAUACAACAACAAUAAGAAAAAAAGAAGAAGAAGUAAAAACAGAGCUAACUGUACAUUGAAUUAAACAUAACAAAGGAAAAAAAGUGUGUUGCAGCCAAAGGAGCCAAGCUUUCGAGUAGGGCUACUACCACAGAGCGGUUACAAGUGGGUGGAGAUUAUACAGUACUUAUAAAAAACUAGUUAUGGAGUUCUGGCUAAAUUAAUCAUAUUGAAAAGGAAGGGUAUAUAAGAGUAAUGAUAACUAUUUAAAUUAAAUAAUUAAAUAAAUAGAGCUAAAUAACAGAUUAAUGCUGUUCAAGAUGCCUGACUGUCAAGUAGGAAGAGUUUAUAUUCUUUUUUUAAAACGCUUCAAAGGGAGACACUUAAUUUUCAUAGGUGUUGCUUCCCAGGUCUGUGAUGCAACUACGCUAAACCUUGCUAGGCCAUAUUAAUUAGUUCUGGAAAAUGAUCUGCACAGAUUUUGAUUAGUGGCAUACCUAGUAUUGUAAUUAUGGACAGCCGAAGCCGGUUGAGCUAAGUCAUAGAGGGCAGGAGGUGUAUCAUUUUCUUGUUUAAUAAAAGGUGGAGCAUUUCAUUCUAAAAAUUUAAAGGGUUGAUUUGAUCUCUUUUUAUAUCAAAAGCCGUGAAUCAAACGUUCGUCAAGCUCAAUACGGACCCAGUGUGUUUUGGGACAAAGGACGACGCCUAUGGUGAAUUUCAGGCUUUGAAAGGUGGCAAACUAAGGAAGGUCAAGUUGGUUCAUCUGUAUGGAUACGUUACCUGUGCUAAAGCCUCUCCCAUAUAUUGGUCUCAUUGGGGUUGUGGCCUUUUCAAAGCUGGUGGCAGUACGGAUUUCAUUAUCGUGGCCUUGACAGACGAAAGCAACAAAAUUCUUUUCCCGCCUAAAAUGUUGCGUGAAGGCGCCAACGUGCACGGUUGGGUUUUGGUUCCUGGUUACAACUCUUAUUCGCCUGAGCUUGUUAUGUCGAUUUACGACGCUCCUGUGUCCGUUACCGCUGGUCAGAAGCUGCGCUUGUGGUAUCUUGAGGAUUUGAAGAAAUCCCAUGAAUUCGAUAACCAUGGAAAAGCAUGCGCCGACAUUUACGGUGAAUUCAUGUGACUGAAUUCUACAUGCUCAUGGGGCAACUGGUAACUAAAGGGAAUAUAUGUUAUCAAUAGAAGACAACUCGGAGGCAGACAACUUUGGAAGGGCACGCACUGAUUAGUUCAGGGUGAAUUAAAUUCUUGUUUAAUUUCCAUAUGGUCUUGAUAAGUUGUAAAGCAACUAUUAAACUAA